CAUUAGUGAUUAGUCAGUGGUCUGCAUGAUUUGUAUUUUGUGCUUACUGAUGAAUUUGGUAUUGACUAUUGGUUUAUUCUAAUUUAGUACGAGUGAUUCGAAACACAGUCAACUGAAAUUUACUAAGCCUUUCAUAAUGGCACCAGUUGAACAAGAUGUUGAAAUGAAGAAUGCAGAUAGCCCUGCUAGUGACAUCGAGGUAACUGAAGUAAAAAAGGAUGCUGAUGUUCUUACUGUUCAAGAUCUGAGAGAACAUGCAAGACAAAUCGAUAAGGCAGUUACUUCUAAGGAACCUAGAUUUGCACUCCGUGUUUUAAGGUCCCUCCCUAAUACCAGAAGAAAGUUGAAUGGGAAUGUGCUACGAGCGUUCAUCAAUCAGCUUUAUCCUGCUGGUACCGAAAAGGAUAGCCUUAUUACGUUUGUUGAAAGUCCGUUGCCGAGUGCAGUUGAAAUUGAGGCUCCGAGAUCCCGUAGCACUCCAAAGUUGCCAUGCCCUGAGGUAGAUGCUUACUUACAUCUAUUGGUAUUGGUGCGCUUAUUAGAUACAAACAGAUUGGAGGAAGCAACAGAGUGCUCGCAACAACUUAUAACUAAAGUUACAACACAAAAUAGAAGGACUUUAGACCUUAUUGCUGCAAAAUGCUACUUCUAUCAUUCACGUGUAUUUGAAUUGACUAAUAAGUUGGACCUCAUUAGAGGCCUUCUACAUGCUCGUCUCCGUACUUCUACUCUCCGGAAUGAUUACGAAGGCCAGGCUGUCUUGAUUAACUGCCUUUUGAGAAAUUACCUUCAUUAUUCACUUUAUGAUCAAGCUGAUAAGUUGGUUAGUAAGUCAGUUUUCCCUGAAAAUGCCAGUAACAAUGAAUGGGCCAGAUUCCUUUAUUACUUAGGGAGAAUUAAAGCAGCCCGUCUAGAAUAUAGUGAUGCUCACAAACAUCUAGUUCAAGCUCUGAGAAAAGCUCCUCAGACAGCUGCUGUUGGAUUUCGUCAAACUGUACAAAAACUAGCUAUCGUUGUGGAGUUACUACUUGGAGAUAUUCCAGAAAGGGCUAUAUUUAGACAAGCUCAGUUGAGAAAGGCAUUGGCUCCAUAUUUCCAACUAACUCAGGCAGUCCGAUUGGGAAAUUUACAAAGGUUUGGUGAGGUGUUGGAAAACUAUGGCCCUCAAUUCCGUGUUGAUCAUACCUUUACAUUAAUACUUCGUCUAAGGCAAAAUGUCAUUAAAACAGCAAUUAGAUCUAUUGGUAUUUCAUACUCACGUAUUUCACCUAAAGAUAUUGCCAGGAAAUUGGGGUUGGAUUCUGCUGAAGAUGCAGAAUUUAUAGUUGCCAAAGCUAUAAGAGAUGGAGUUAUUGAAGCUACUCUUGACCCAGAAAAGGGCUACAUGAGUAACAAAGAGAGCUCAGACUUAUAUUGUACUAGAGAACCGCAGUUGGCUUUUCAUCAGCGUAUAUCAUUUUGCUUGGAAUUGCAUAAUCAGAGUGUGAAGGCUAUGAGAUACCCUCCAAAGUCUUAUGGCAAGGAGCUAGAGAGUGCUGAAGAGCGCAGAGAGAGAGAACAGCAAGAUCUUGAACUUGCUAAGGAGAUGGCUGAAGAAGAUGAUGACGGCUUCCCUUAAAUAUUCUUUAUAUGAUGAUUUAUUGUCUCAUGUUUAAUCUAGAUUUUCUUUUUCAUGUAUUAAAAAUGUCAAUAACCUUA